AUGGAGCCUCUCUCUUCCACCAAACAAAUUAAUAAUAAUAACAAUCUCGCCAAGCCUUCUUCUCUCCAUGUCGAAACACAACCUCUUGAACCAAGUCCCCUCCGUAAAAUCAUGGUGGUUGCAUCCAUCGCAGCCGGUGUUCAAUUCGGCUGGGCCCUACAACUAUCUCUUUUAACUCCCUACGUCCAGCUCCUCGGUAUCCAUCACACCUGGGCCGCUUACAUUUGGCUCUGCGGCCCAAUUUCCGGUAUGCUUGUCCAGCCUAUAGUCGGUUACCACAGCGACCGUUGCACUUCCCGCUUUGGUCGUCGUCGUCCGUUUAUUGCUGCAGGCUCAAUCGCAGUCGCUAUCGCCGUCUUCCUAAUCGGCUACGCCGCUGAUCUUGGCCAUUCCUUCGGAGACAGCCUCGACCAAAAAGUCCGUCCCCGAGCAAUUGGAAUCUUCGUCGUUGGAUUCUGGAUUCUCGACGUCGCUAACAAUAUGCUUCAGGGACCCUGCCGUGCACUUCUCGGUGACCUCUGCGCCGGUAACCAACGCAAAACGAGAAACGCUAACGCGUUUUUCUCCUUCUUCAUGGCGGUUGGUAACGUCCUCGGCUACGCCGCCGUUUUAGCCACUUCCGCACUGAUCUACGUGAAGGAAACUGCACUCACCCCGGAGAAAACCGUUGUGACCACUGAAGACGGUGGUUCAAGCGGUGGCAUGCCUUGUUUUGGGCAGUUAUCUGGUGCUUUCAAGGAACUAAAGAGACCCAUGUGGAUCUUAUUAUUGGUGACGUGUCUCAACUGGAUUGCGUGGUUUCCUUUCCUCUUGUUUGAUACUGAUUGGAUGGGGAAAGAGGUUUAUGGAGGAACGGUUGGGGAAGGUCAUGCGUAUGAUAUGGGUGUGCGCGAGGGUGCUUUAGGACUCAUGUUAAACUCAGUCGUUUUGGGUGCCACGUCACUGGGUGUUGAUAUCUUGGCGCGUGGAGUUGGGGGCGUCAAGAGGUUGUGGGGAAUCGUUAACUUCUUGCUCGCAAUUUGUUUGGGUUUAACCGUUUUGGUUACUAAAUUAGCCCAACAUUCGCGACAAUACGCCCCCGGUACCGGUGCUCUCGGAGACCCUCUUCCACCUUCCGAAGGUAUCAAGGCCGGCGCGUUAACUCUCUUCUCCGUUCUCGGAGUCCCACUCGCGAUUACUUACAGUAUACCCUUUGCUUUAGCAUCUAUAUUCUCCAGCACCUCAGGGGCAGGCCAAGGGUUAUCACUAGGAGUUCUUAAUCUUGCAAUUGUCAUACCACAGAUGUUUGUCUCUGUUUUGAGUGGACCAUGGGAUGCUCUAUUUGGAGGCGGUAACUUGCCGGCGUUUGUGGUGGGUGCGGUGGCGGCUCUGGCGAGUGGCAUACUAUCCAUAAUCUUACUGCCAUCUCCACCACCAGAUAUGGCCAAGUCUGUAUCAGCUACUGGAGGAGGCUUUCAUUAA